GCCGCGAGCGUGCCGGGAUUGGCUGGGGCAGCCUUUAUAAGCUCGGUCGGCGGCGAGGGGCCUUCCCUUUCUCCAAGCUCCCUCAGCGAGCCGCGCAAGGUGCUGUGUCCUUCAGUAGAAGCUAAGGCCGAUUUCCCAGCCGGCGACUAGCACCGCGCACCGACCCCCGACUGCCCGCCAUGGCCUCCGUCUCCGAGCUCGCCUGCAUCUACUCCGCCCUCAUCCUGCACGACGACGAAGUCACCGUCACGGUGAGGGAAAGGGGGAGGCCGCGCGCGGAGGGGCUCAGGGCGCAUGCGCCGGAACAUCGCGGCACGUGGAGGGAAAACGGCCACUCGGGGAGAGGAGCUAAAGGGGCAGAAGGAAGAGCAGGCCUGGCCCAGCCACGCUGGUUCAAGUGUCCAUUCUGGCCACGUGCUUGACUUAAGCUCAUUCCCUGGUCCUGAAUGGGGUAACUGUGCCCCUGAAGGACCAGGUGCGCAGCCUGGGAGUCAUUUUGGACUCACUGCUGUCCAUGGAGGCACAGGUUAAUUCUGUAUCCAGGGCAGCUGUCUACCAGCCCCAUCUGGUACACAGGCUGAGACCCUACCUGCCCACAGAGUGUCUUGCCAGAGUAGUGCAUGCUCUGGUUAUCUCUCGUUUGGACUACUGCAAUGCGCUCUAUGUGGGGCUACCUUUGAAGGUGACCCAGAAACUGCAAUUAAUCCAGAAUGUGGCAGUUAGACUGGUGACUGGAAGUGGCCACCGAGACCAUAUAACACCAGUCCUGAGAGAUCUCCCAGUACGUUUCUGAGCACAAUUCAAAGUGUUGGUGCUGAUCUUUAAAGCCCUAAACAGCCUCGGUCCAGUAUACCUGAAGGAGCGUCUCCACCCCCAUCGUUCAGCCCGGACACUGAGAACCAGCACCAAGGACCUUCUGGCAGUUCCCUCAUUGCAAGAAGUGAGGUUACAGGGAUCCAAACAGAGGGCCUUCUCGGUAGUGGCACCCACCCUGUGGAACACCCUCCCUUCAGAUGUGAAGGAAAUUAGCAGCUAUUCCUAUCUUUAAAAGACAUCUGAAGGCAGCCCUGUUCAGGGAAGUUUUUAAUACUAAUGCUGUAUUGUUUUUAACACUUGAUUGGGAGCCGCCCAGAGUGGCUGGGGAAACUCAGCCAGAUGGGCGGCGUAUAAAUAAUAAAUUAUUAUUGUUAUCAUUUAUCCAGCAAAGCCCUCUGCUAAUUUUACUUAUUUGAUCCGUAAGCUUCCUUCCAAUUAACAGCAUAAAAAACAAGAUAAAAUUCACAAUGUGCGCAGUCAAAACAAUGCCCCUCCAAAAAUAAAAUUUAAAAUUAGAUAGGGUGUUAGGCAAAGACUUCGUCGAAAACGAACGUUUUCUCAAGACAACAAAAAGAACUGGACUCCUUGACAGGUUUUGAAUAAGCAUACACAAAUUUAUCAGUUAAUAACAUGAUGGACAGAUAUGUAAGGAUAUGUACAACUUUAUAAUAUGUAGAGAAAGUAUGUGAAGAGAAAUCGGGGAGAGGAGCUGAGGGAAGUGCUUGGUGGCGGGGAAAGGGAAAAAUAAUGUAUGUGAUUAUAUGGUUGAUAUUUACAAAAAGGAAGAAAACGAACGUUUUCUCCUGGCGCCUGAAAUUGCAGGUGUCCCUGGGGAGAGCAUUUCAUUUAACUCCGUGAGAAAAGGUCACCAACAAUGUGCCCCGUGGGGGGAGCCACAUUGAGGAUAUUUGCUGCCCUCGCCAGAAAUCAGUGUGGGCAUUUGGCUCUGUAGGAAAAGAGAAGCAAAGGGGUAGGAAGCUUCUGCACCUGGUGGUCUCUCUUUCCUUGGAGAUUUUUAAGCAGAGGUUGGAGGCCAUCUGUUGGGGGUUCUUUAGCCACUAUCCCUGCAACGCAGGAGGUUGGACUCGAUGACCCUUGGGAUCCCUUUCAAUACUACAGUUAUGUGAUUCCUCUUCACCCCUCACCCCAUGUAGUGACAGCCGCAAACUGCUCUGACUUCAGAAGGGGGAUUAGGCAAAUUGGUGGGAAGCUGGACUAGCAAUAGCUACUAGGCACAGUGGCUGUGUUACUCCUAUGGGGAUGUAGUAUGCUUCUGAAUACCAACUGAUAGGAGUUGCAGGUGGAGAGAGCACCGUUGGCCUGUGGGUUCCUGCAGGCACCUGGCUGGCUGUCAUGAGGACAGGGUGAUGGACUAGAUGGUCUUUGGCCUCAUCCAGAAGGGCUCUUUUGACCUUAGGAUGCUGGCUGGUUAUAGCUGUUUAGCUUUCAUCCUGUGUUUUGCUUUAUCCAACAACACUGCAGAAUAGGGGCAGUCCUUAGUGGACACCCAACUCCCAUCAACCCCAGCCAACAUUGCAAAUGGUCAAAGAUUAUGCAGGUUGGAUCUUCACAUCAUGUGAAGGGUGGUAAAUUGGCUACCCAUCUUAAAGCUAGGAGACUAUCAGAAGGCAGGUGGGGAGGAAUGUCAUUUUAGGAUCUAUAAAAGUAAUGCGUAGGGCCUUCAGCCUAUGCUGUCUUUUAAGGCAGCCUGCACCAACCUGGUGCCCUCCAGAUAUUUCAGACUACAUCUUCCUGUCAGCUACAUGCAGCAAGUACUGGCUAUGGAUGAUGUAGUAUAAGGUGUAUGCAGAGGUUCUCCAAGCUCAGCAUGUAGAAAUGGGAAAAUAAUUUUAAAAAACCACUUUCUCUUCAACAGGGUGGUACGGCUCAAUUAGGAAAGUAAUUUUAACAACCCUACCAGUGUCAGGGUGAUUCCUAAAGCAGCCACAACAGUUACUAGCCCCCCCACACAUAUAUAAAAAUAAUAUUUACCAACCUAAGUUCAGCCUAGCAACAGGGGCUGCCAUUCUCUUCUGGGAACUUGCGGGCUUCCACUUGCCUACUUGGAAUUUACACACAUAUGAAGUGAACUCAAACAAGAGGGUAGGUACUACAGACUAUUUUAAGAUAUUAAUUUCAAAUUAUUUAGAUGGGGGAUGUCACUAAUGCUGUGCACCUAGUAAUGCCUUUUGAUUUAAUGAUGGAGGCAUAUAAAUGCAUUUUGAGGGUAGGGGGUGGAGUAUGAUCUGUGACCUCAUUUCUUUAAUAAUUUUCUUAACACUUUGUUUAGGAGGACAAAAUCAAUGCCCUAAUCAAAGCAGCCGGAGUGAAUGUUGAACCUUUCUGGCCUGGACUAUUCGCAAAGGUAAGACUAAUGAGGAACAAGUUAUCCAGUAAAAAUACAUUUAUGGAAAGAAUAUAUUCUAGUCUGCUGAGCCUGCUGCCUUUAGGGUGUUGUUGGAUCUCAACUCCCAUCAUGCCUUACCAAGGGCCUUGCAGGUCGGGGCUGAUGGAAAUCCAACACUACCUAGAGGGCCCCGUAGGAUAAGGUGCUUGGCUGGCAGAUUUAUGUAUUCUGGGGACAGCAGUGCUGAUUUUACUAUUACAACUCUUAGCAGUUCUAGAGCAGUAACUGGUUCUAAGUUUGUGCUGUAUGAUGGGUGGUUGUCACUCAAAUUGAUAUGCUCCCCUUUUUAGUAACUUUGUUUAUUCUGACUAGGCCUUGGCCAACAUUGACAUUGGAAGUCUCAUCUGUAAUGUAGGAGUUGGUGGUGGUGCUCCAGCGGCUUCAGCCCCAGCCGGUGGAGGAGCACCUGCUGGUGCUGCUGCUCCCGGUAAGUGCAAUUCUUUCCUUAUUUAGGAGGCCCUUAGAUCCAUUUAAGUGGGAUGCAAUUUUUCCCAGAAAGGGACUAACAAGCCAUGCUAUAAAUGUCUUUUUUCCUCUUUGUGGAUAAUUAGGUUGUCCACAAUUUGUGUGGUGGUAAUCUGCAUCUAACAAGUUUGGUCCUCAAGGGUCAAAAGAGAGGGCAAAACAGUUCAGCAUUAUCUAAAGCCUGUUCAGUGGAGGUGUCGCACACUUCUGGGUUGGCGUUCCACAGCUUAGGGGCUGCGACAGAGUCAUCCAAUGUGCAUGCUAAAACAGCUUAAUGGGUGUUAAUUAGUUAAGGUGGACUGAGAUUGCUGUAUUCUAAUCAAUAUUAAUUUUGCAGCUGAGGAGAAGAAAGAGGAAGAAAAGAAAGAAGAGUCAGAAGAAUCCGAUGAUGACAUGGGCUUUGGUCUCUUUGACUAAGCAAACAUUUUGUACUCUUUGCUAAUAAAGAUACAAAAGCAUGUAAAUGGAA